AUGACGACAGAAUGGCGCUUUGUCCUUCAGAGAAUUGUUUCAAUCAUGACUCUCACUGUUCUUGCUUAUGAGCGCUACAUUCGAGUAGUCCAUGCAAAAGUGAUCAAUUUCUCUUGGUCUUGGCGAGCUAUCACAUACAUCUGGCUCUAUUCAUUAGCCUGGACUGGAGCACCUCUUUUGGGCUGGAACAGAUACACGCUGGAAAUCCAUGGUCUAGGUUGUUCAAUGGACUGGAAGUCAAAAGACCCCAACGAUAUCUCCUUCAUUCUCUUUUUCUUCCUUGGUUGUCUAGUAGCACCUGUUGGGAUCAUGGCCUAUUGCUAUGGCCAUAUUCUAUAUGCAGUGAGGAUGCUCCGUUCUGUAGAAGAUUUUCAGACUGUUCAAGUGAUUAAACUUCUAAAAUAUGAAAAGAAGGUGGCUAAAAUGUGUUUCUUAAUGAUUUCCACAUUCCUUAUUUGUUGGAUGCCUUAUGCAGUGGUCUCCCUGCUGGUAACAUAUGGCUAUGGCAACCUCGUAACUCCAACAGUAGCUAUCAUCCCAUCUUUCUUUGCCAAGUCAAGCACUGCUUAUAAUCCAGUCAUCUACAUCUUCAUGAGUAGAAAGUUUCGACGAUGCCUCUUGCAGCUCCUCUGCUUUCGCCUGAUGAGAUUCCAAAGGGCUGUGAAAGAGACACCAGCAACAGAGAGCGACAAACCAAUAAGACCAAUCGUCAUGUCACAGAAAGUAGGGGACAGGCCAAAGAAGAAAGUGACUUUCAGCUCCUCCUCUAUAAUUUUUAUUAUCACCAGUGAUGACACUCAACAAACAGAUGACAACAGUAAACACAGUGGGACAAAAGUAAAUGUCAUCCAAGUAAAGCCGCUAUAGAGAUGAG